CUGCGUUCCCCUGCUUAAUCACAACUGAGAUCGAUGGUUGAGCUUUGGCGAAUGGCGGAAAUGCUCCCCCUCCCUCGCCACGGUGGAGAGAGAGAAGGGGCGUUCCCCUCCGCUUCGCUCGCGCAUCCAAGGCCACCUCCUUCUUCUUCUUCUCCUCGUCCUCCUCCUCCUCGUCCUCCUUCUCUUCCUGCCCCUCGAAGAGAAGGGGAAAAGAGAGAGCAUCCUCUCUUUCUUUUCCUCCCUCUGACGUGAUCGAACCGGGAUCAUUACCUCCGACGCAAUUGCAUUUUCAUCGAUUGGUGCGCCAGGAUUUACUGAGCCAGAGGGCUCUAUUAACCAAGAGUAGGCAGGAUGAUGGCAAGCAAACUAAAAUGGUUCAAUUCUUUGAGGAAAUCUCUGCUCCCCCAGUGCUUGAAAACAGAGUUCAGAAAGGGAAAUGACAAAUCCAAGCAUUCUGGUUUCCUUGGUUCACAGGAGAUGGAGAAUUGUAUUCAGAAUUCUACUUCUCUGCUGCCGCCCAUUUCCAUGGAGGAUAAGCUGAUGGUCACGGAGAGCGAGCAGAGUACCCACGCCUACACAGUGGCGCUUGCCACAGCUAUUGCUGCAGAGGCUAAAGCUGCUGCCAUUCGGGCUGCUGCAGAGGCUAAAGCUGCUGCCAUUCGGGCUGCAGCAGAGGCCAUUCACUUGACCACCUCAACGGCUAAGUCCUCUAGCAAACCAACAGAAGAUGUUGCUGCCAUUAGAAUCCAGACUGCAUUCAGAGGUCACCAGGCAAGGGCUUCUUUCCGAGCUUCAAAAGGGUUGGAUAGGUUGAGGAGAGUUGUCGAUGGAAUUGCUGCCAAGUCGCAAACAACAAAAACCUUGUACUCCUUGCAGACAAUGUCAAGAGUGCAGAUGCAACUUCCUUCGAGGUACAAAUUGGAGGAAAUCCAUAUUCCUCAGCAACCAAAGUUUGAAAAGGAAGACAAUAAGAAAAAGAUAGGAGAGGGGUGGAAUCAUAGUUUUCAAUCCAAAGAACAAGCUGAAGCGAUGCAAUUGAACAAGAAAGAAGCUGCUUUAAGAAGAGAGAGGGCUUUAGCUUAUGCAUUUUCUCAUCAGUGGCAAAGCCCAUCCAAAUCUGCAGCAGUCCCAGUACUGAGCUUCAACAGAAGUGGCAAGUUCAUUCUGCAAGACCCAAGCAAUCCCCAAUUGGGAUGGAGCUGGUUGGCACGCUUGAUGUCAGGAAAACCAUGGGAGAACCAGCAAAAUGCCUCCUCCAAAACUCUCAGCUCUGCUGGAGGAGCUCGACGAGCCACCACCACCACCAAAAGCGGCAGCGACUCCGGUUCAAGCUCGGGGUGCAACUUGACUGUGCAUUCCCCCACAAAGCUGCUCUCCCAGGCAUCAUCGACUGCAAGCAGCAGGAAAGGUUCGUUGAGCUUCUGCGGAGGUAGCAGAUUCUCUCCCGAAGGCGAGGUGAGGCCGCGAUUGAGGCGGCACAGCAUUGCCGGACUGCCGACAGCGAUAGACUGCAACCGGCUCAGCCAAUCCCCUGGGGAUCUGAAGAAGAACUACACAGUGUCCACCCAAACUGCCAAGCCAAGGUCCCGGCUUCUUCCAAGCCUGCAAGCGAAGGGACCAGUCGAGAAGGUGAAGGAGCAGCCGGCAGCCAGGAUUCGACGGUUGUCGUUUUGCAACUGAAGAAGCCAAUGAUUUGGUUUGUACCAACUGCACGCCUACGUGACCAUGUGUUAAGGUUGUUCUUGAAUGAGAUAUAAGAAUAUGAAAACAUGGCUUUCCUUUUCAUGAUGAACCUUGAUUUGUU